CUAAAUACCUUUUCUCAUCAGCAGUUAGAGCAGUUUUGUGACUUCUACCAGUGUCAACCAGGGCACUGGUUAAAGCUUGUAGGAGGAGUUUUAUUUCUGCUCUAGGAGGAAGCAGAGCCCCGGACCUCUGUCUGGACAGUGCUGAUUGGCCCUGUGCUGAUCACAUGCACUCUCCCAAGAAAGAAAAAAAAUAUCUAGCAAUGCACAUCAAACUGAGCAUGUGCAACUUGCCCUCAAGUCUCGGUUCUAUGAGGAGAUGGAUUGGGGACAGUAGAAGAAGGGGAGGAUCAGAGAAGACAGGAUCAAACAUUCUUUUUGCACAAUUCAGAGGCUUAACCCCUUAAGUUCCACAGUAUACCAGGCAUGCUUUACUGCAUAUACAGUACAGACUGAUUUUACUGUUGUGGGUUUAGUAUCACUU